UCGCCUCAUUUCAUCUCCGGGCUUCAUGGCUGCAGGAUGGACUCUCAUCAGCAUCAUCUUCAUCAUCAGCAUCUCUUCUUCCUGCUGCCACCACCGCCGGGGACUCUUCAUCAUCAGUCAGCAAGUGUGGCGGGAACCGAGGCUCUUCUACGGUGUUCAACUUCCACCUGCAGAAAUGGUAGAGUUUGAUCCAUCACUGUUCAAUUCAGGCUAAAUUCAGUGUUUGUUUUUAGACUCGCAGAGCCGGUGUUAGCCCUGUUAAGUAACCGUAUGUAGGACACAGCUGGGAUUCAGUUUGUUAGUCAGCUGUUUGUGGUGGAGGAGAGCCGAGCUGCGUCUUCUUUUUAUGGGAAGUACCUGCUGGAUGUCCUGUUUGGGGACGCCUCUGCACUCCCCUGGAAAAAAACAACAAAGAUGCGACUUUAAUUUUUGUGCUUUAGUACUUGUGUUUUCAUCAGGUAUAUCUUACAGCGGUUUAACACCACAAUGAUCAUUCAAGGGCAAAGCGCAACUGAUGGAGAGAGCAUCCCCCAGACUAUCCCGUUUUCAUGUUUUAAUGCAGCUUUCCCACAGUUUCCUCCUCCUCCUCUUCCUCCUGUAUAUGUGUGUAUGUGUGUGUGUGUGUGUGCUCGCCUCCACAGUAAACACGGAUCCUCACACUUACGUAAGAUGAUUGCGUAUUUCUCACCAAUAACGUACUUGCCACUUGUUGCGCAGACUGAACAGAGGGGAGGUGAGAUUUCCUGUCUCUGUCUCAUUGUCCUAGAAUUUAAAUAUAGGACUGAAUAGAUAAACUCGUUUAAAGAGAGAUUUCUCAGUAGAGGUGUGAUGUGUCCAGACCUGCAGGUAUGUUCCAGGCCGAGAUUAGCUGCGUCCCAAUGGAUCUUUAGAAGGCAAGGGAAUUCAGGAAGAUAGAUGAGAACACUUUGUCCCUCUUUUUAGGAUUUUUUUGCUGUGAAAUAGAAGUGAGUGUUAGUGUAGCUGGUUGUGUAACAGAGCCACCUGAUAUUCAGAGUCUCUUUUAAGCAGCUGCGAACGAGGUCACCGAGUUCCUGUCCUCGUUUUUCUGCCUAGUUUACUCUCUGAAAUUAAAAAAAAAUGUGCAGGGUGGAUCAUUUAGACAUAGAUUUGACAGCUAAAACACUUUAAUAAUUAAAGGACUAGCUUUGGUUAGAAGUGUAGAGAGUUCAUAGCUUCAGGGUAUUUUAAUAUGUCUUGUCCUUUAACCGUUAAGUAAUAAUUGAAUGUCAAAUUACUCUGUUUAAAGCUCCUGUGGGUUAUGUAACAGACUGGAAUUAAUACUGAUUUUAUGAAUCAAAAAUCCUUCAGUUGUGAUGUGUUUAACGAUGGGGUAGGCAGGAUCUGAGGGAGUGCCAGUUUUUGGGAGAAAUCUUGAACGUAAACACUACCCCUCCUUGCCAGUUUUACUCUCAGCUCCUCCACUCUGCUCCAGCAAGCCCCGCCCACAAGCAGACGCUCCUGCUCGCUCGUAUCGUUUCAAUUAAAUGAAGAUAUAAUGCAGAUAAAUACUUCAGAUAAUUACAAAUGGGGCCCAGUCUACGUGAAAGUAAACAGCAUUGGUGCUAUUGUAGAUGCCAACACACUACCAGCAAACACAAUGUUUGCAGGACUUCUACAACUAGGAUAAAAUGACAUAGUCCAGGACCCGAGGUCAACUGUUUAGCGGCGCUACAACACGCAGCAGGUCGGAUUCCUGCCUACCCCACCUUUGACUCUAGAGAGUAAGAAAAAUUAGAUUUUACGUCUUUCAGAAGAGGUUAAUGUCACGUGUAAAAGUCAAAGUCUGCCUCGUCCACAGAGGACGCCACAAUCAAUGCAAACAAAAAUUCCUUACAGUGGCUUUAAAUAAAAAGUAUGAUCCUCAAUGAAAUACAGUUUUAAGUUUUUUAAACCUUUAGAGAUGAAUGUGGAAAUAAAAGAUUGACAAAGUAUUUAAAACCUGUUGUAUUUACUCUUUAGGAGCAACUGUCAGGUUAUUUUUUCAAUCUUGAAUAAGUUAUGUAUUAAUAUAGUAUCUUUGACUUCUUACAGAUAUGUAAUUAUAAACUUGUGGUCUGUUAUUUGCACAUGAAUUAAUAUCUUUCUCUUUAUUGACGAGGCCGGCAUUUCGAUCAAUACUUAUUAAUACUGUAGACUGGCUUAAUCAGCAGCACUUCUCUCACUGUGUUAUAGCUGGUCAUCUGUUUUGGAUGCAGACAUACAAAAAAUGGUUUCAUAAGUCACUGUAGUUUAUUAAUUCAUAUAACUUUAUUCAAAUACAUACUUUGAAAAUCAUUUUACAAUGCAUUGAUUCACUUGGGCGAAUUUUCCUGUAACUUUAAUCUCUGUCUUUUGAUGUAUUUCAGUUUGAUAUCUGAAUAUUUGACUUUGAAAAUCAGCUGGAAAGGCCUCUGAGUUAACCAGGACCCUAGACAACAAUAUAAAUAGACACUUAUAAUUGAUUAAAUGCAAUAAAUGAACACAUCUGACUGCCAGUAUCUUCAGCAACAGCCACUGAAUGUCACUCUUUCUCUGUUUUUGCCCUUUGACCCCAUUUUAUGUGACAGUUUAUCAUGCUCCUCUGCAGACAGGGAGCUUGCAGCUCAGAGGGAGGCAGCUGCACCGACUGUGAACUCACUGUGUCCCCUUUGUGCCAGCACAGAAAGGAGGCUUUAUCUGCUGCUGGCCUAGACAUUUUUUUUUAAAUCAGAGUUAGGGUAAGAGUAUUGUCCCUGACUUCCAGUAAGGAACACAUAAUGAUGACACAUCGAGCCACAAAGCUGCAGGGAAAACUCUGUGCUGUCCAGUCGACAGCUGCUCCUGAUUAUCUGUUGACUCUCAUUUUUGGGAUAUUUGUGAUUUAGAUUUUCACAAGUAGAUUUACAGCGUUCCCUGUGUACAGUAUGUUUUUGCUGUUGUUGUUACAGUGAGGCUGUGAGGGCUUCUAUUGUACCUCUGUAGAGACAGCAGUGGAGAGGUUGGAGGUCCCUCGCUCAUCAAUGUCUCUCACUCCAAGUCGGAAGCCCUCCUCAGGUCAGCGCAGGUACUGUUGUUUUCUUCUUUCGCCUUCCUGUAAAUGUUUGUAAGACAGAAAUAUUUCAUACAGAAUCUCUAAACUGUGUAUUUUUGGACCGUUACUUUCAAGGCGCUCAGCAGAGACCGGUGUGGGCAGCGGGCGAUGUUCCCACAGUGAUACAUCCAGUACUCACACCUACCCGAAUCGAGUGAGGACAGCUGAUGGCAGUCCAACAGCCCGGACUUAUCCAAGUACACCAAGGUAACAUACUUCGGAUCAGGAUUUCUUUCCUCAUGUAGUCUGCAGUCAUUGCAAUAAGUAGGAGGAGGAGGAGAGGUUCGGACAUUUCGUGUGAAGGUGACAGUGAACGUUGUUGGCUGUGUGACAGACUCUGACCUCUCCCUGAGCGUUGAACAGCUGGGACAGACUCCAGCAGCUGUCUGAUCCUCUCAUCCACUCCUCUUCACUGUAUUUAAACCAGGAUUAAACAAAUUUAGAGCACCUUUUCUUGACAUUGCAAUAAAAUUUAGCAAUGCUAAAACCCACAGCCUUUAAAAGAAAUGGUUUAAAUAGUCACUGCAGAGAUAUCCCUGUCAAAGAGUCAAUAAAACAUCAUUAAGAUUACUUCAGAUCCCCAUUUUAAAGAUGCCACCCUGGUCUGAAAUUAACACAUUAUUAUUAUUCUUUAUUACAUGCUUUUAUUCAACGGUAAACCUGGCUUUGUUUCCUUGUUCUUGCUGCUGCUGCCAUGUUUGAAAAUAAUAACACCCCUGUGCUUUUGAAUGAGACACUUACCCUAAAAAAAUCUCUGACAGCUCAGGUGUCACGUCGAAAAUAAUGCAGACUUUGUGCCAAUCAGGAUAAAAAUAUCACCACAAGGCUGCCACCUAUGAGCGAAGUGCACAGGUUUAGUCUAGUUCGCUUCCUUGGGUGCAGCUUCUCAAAGUGCAUCACAAAAGCAAUCAGAGCUCUGCUGUUUGGGUGUGCGGAUCAGUACAGACCUGUGGCUCAGGUCCAGGGGAAACCCUUAGGUUGGCAUGUCGUGAUAUGCCUCACUGCUGCAGGGAAUAAUAGUUACCUGCAUUAAAAACAGAGACAGUAACCCGGGUGAAACUCCUGAAAAGAAAAAAAACACGUUAGUAUUAACAGGAGAUCAGUAAAUGCCAAUGAGGAAACAAAAUGAUUUAUAAUAACCACAUAUUGAAGAUGACAUUUGAAGUGCCAAAUGAACAAAUUUAAAGCAGAUGAUACAGGUUAUAAUCCUCAUUACAGUGAUUGCUGAUUGCAAAAAAACACUUUAAAAUGAAUUCAUCGUGAUUUAUAAUUAAAAUGCUGCAAUUAAAUGCAAUUUUAAAAUGAGUCAUUUCACAGCCCUGCUUUUACAGUCUGUAUAGAUGUAUAUAUCAGUCUGCUAAGAUUUAUUUAAUUAACUUUGAGUAUCAAACCACCACAGAAAAGUCCAUUUUAAUCGAUGUUUCGUUUAUUUAAUGAAGAUAAAUAUUGUUUCAGUCGUGUUUAAAGUUAUGGAGGUUGGGUGUUUAUUUAGGAUUUGCUGUUUUAAUUUCCUAAUGGUCCGGUUAUUUCAUCAUGUGUUUCAUCAGUUACAUGGAAAUCUAUUCAGUUGACAUGCUGAGGAAAAUUUAACAGAUAAAUUCUCUUUCCUUUCAUUUGCAUGAUUUAUUAGUUCAUGAAAAUUAAACAGUGACAUGUUGCCUGGCUAUUUAUAGUCAUUUUACUAUGAGGUGGUGUCUUUUCCCCUUUCACUUAAAUGUACUUAAGGGAGAAAAACAACAAACUUAAAUAUUUAUAAGUGAGGUCAGAGAAGAAAUCCGACACUGAAGCAGGAUUUUCUCUGCGAGUUCUUACUGGUUUCUGUUUGUUUUCUUUAACCGGACUUUCUAUUUAUAGUUAAGGUGUGAGUUCAGGAAAAACACCUUGUGUGAAUGACCUUUUCACGCCUGUGUUGGUCCAGGCGGCAGGCGAAGCACACGGGGUGCAGCGACAACCAUGGGAUCAGACCUCCCACCCCGGAGCAGUACCUCACACCUCUGCAGCAGAAGGAGGUGUGUAUACGACACCUACGAGCCCGGCUGAGGGACAACGUGGAGAGACUGCAGCACAGGUGAGUCUUUCUCCUCAUCAUGUUUCUGAUUCUACACUGAAUAAAAGUGACUUGGUUUUAUUUUGAAAUCCACUUUUUUAUUCUUUAUCAGAGACUGUGAAAUCGAUGAGUUAAGGACCCAGCUGUACAGGAUGCAGGAGGACUGGAUUGAGGAAGAGUGUCACCGCAUUGAGGCUCAGUUAGCCCUUAAAGAAGCCCGCAAAGAGAUCCAGCACCUUCAUGAGGUGAUGGAGUCAGUCCGCUCCAACCUGGGUGUCCGUGAACAAGAACCCAAUGACCCCAAGCAAUACUCAGGAUUGCACACUGGAGCUCGGCCAGGGGGGAGGUCUCGCUCCUGUGGGUGUUCUCCAGCCAGCACAUUGAGCCGCAGCACCACCCACACCCGGAUGAGCAGCGAGGCUCUGCAGCUGGAGCGCAGCCCCAACGCUCCAGAGUCCGGCAGAGCGUCUCGCUCAGCAGGACAGACGCACCUGCUCCUGGAGGCUGCCCUCCUGACAGAACAGGUGCCACAGCAGGGACACAUCCGGGCCCCCCCAACUGUUCCACGCUCUGCCACCUUUGAAAGACUCUGCAGUGGGGGGGCCGUGUUGCCCGUCUCACACUCCUGCCACACUCUCAGUAGCAGCUGCCAGUGCAGCGGCCACUCCUACCUCCCUCAUCAUCACCUGUUCCUGCACUUACCUCAGGAGGAGCCCCCUCAGACAGCUGCAGCCACUGCUACCCCUGUUUCUGAGCCGAUCCCUACCCCUAGCCCUGCAGCAGAGAGGAAACCGGAGGUGCGUUCUCAGGCCUGCAGCCCCACCAUGACGUGGCUGUGUGAGGAACCAGCUGCAGAAGAAGAGCUGAGUGUCAUUUCAUUACCGACGGCAGACGCCACCCCACCUGAACCGCAGCCCCUUCAAACGCCUCUACCUGUCGUUUCUCCUCCUGUGCAUUCAUAUAGUGUCGAACCACUUCCACCUGACCCACCGGAGGAGGUGACAAAGAAACCAGCCGAGCCCCACACCUGCCAGCCCCACCCUGCACCUCCACUCCCUGUCAGACAGGAGGCCACAGCUCUGGAGAUCGAGGAGGACAGCACAGAUGAACCUGAAGGUCCAAAUGAGGAUAGUCACCCCCCUCAGCUCUGCCACUGGAGCCGAUACUUUCUAGUAGACCUGUUGGCACUGGCGAUGCCCGUGGUCCCGACUGUGGCAUGGCUAUGCCGCGGGGCGCCACGGGAAGUCUUGCCUGUGUACCACAUCGGCUCCCUUCUGAGAGGGUGCUGCGCUGUGGCCCUCCACUCCCUCCGUCGCCGGAGUGCAGGCAGGGGACGUAGACCUGCCAGCAUGAACGGAACAACAUCGAUUUAAGUAUUUCUGCUCCUUCUGACGUCAACAGUACAACUCCAAACCUCUGCAGGCUCAUUAACAGCAAUGCUAACUUUCCUUUAGUUUAAUUUAUCGAAUCGCUCCUCCUAUAUGAUUUUUUUUCUGAUUUAACAUUACCCCCUUGUGAUUUCGUGGUCAUGCCUCGCAUCUGAGAACGAAGGAUUAGUUGUACAUUAUUAAACACUUUCAUUACUGAAGUAUACUUACUGCUUCUGCCUGCAGAUUAAGUGGUUUUCUCUGUCUUAGGAUUUGCAUGUAGCCCACAGUUUUGUUGGGCUCUCUUGCUUGAUCUACAAAAAGCCCCCCUCUUUGAUUUUGAAGAAUCAUCCUCUUGGCAAAAAAAAAAUACUCACUUCAUUUCAUGUGAAGAAAUAAAAAGAAAAAACUGCCUGAUCCUCUUUUUUUUAAUCAUGUUUUUGAAAUGUUAAUACGAGACGGUGAAGUCAAACGAGUAUUAAAACCAAUGUGGCAACAAAAAUCCAUAAAAUCAGAAAAGAUUAAUAACGGUCGUCGCUUUUCUGACUCAGUUCUUUUUCUGAGAAGCUGUUAACACAAAGUGAAUGUAGGCAGCAGGAGGUGGGAAGCUCUCAUUUUUCUACCUUUUUUUUCCUUCAUGAACAAACUGAAUACGAAACACGCAGAGCAUGUGCAUCAAAUGUGGUACUCAGGUGCAGAACAAACAGAUCAUUGAUUAUUAUUUUUUCUUUUCUGCCAAUAAAUAAAAAAUGGGAGUUUAAACUGUAAAGACUCGUUUUUUCAUCCUUAUGGGACACGUGUGCAGAGGCCAGGAGGCGUCUUGUUUGCAUUUACUUUUGAAUAUUGUCAAAAAAAGUGCUUUUAUACUCCGAAUAAGAACAAAUUCGUCAGCAGUUAGUUAUCGGAGAGCACAGGAGUGGCGGAAACAGCAUCUUUACGACUCAUGUUGAAAAUGUCAGAUCAUGUUACAUCCAUUAUUAAUCACUACAUCAGAGCGCAUCUCAAUCACUGCGCAGAACUGGAACCUCCUCGACAGUCAUGACAGCGAUCUCAAAGACUUACAUCAGUUGGAAUUAAAUAAAGGAGACAUUUCUUUUUCAGCUCUCUUCAAUUAUUUCAUGAUCUUAUGAAGCCAAUUUUUCUGAUGUUGGAAAAAUGAUCUUCAUGUGCCUCUUCAUCUGCAUCUGAAGAUUAAGUCAUUUAUUGACAUUUCUCAGAUCCAUCUCUUGAAAUAUGUUUUAAAAAGUGAUUGUGACACUGCUUUUUUAGAGCUUACAAAUACUCAAAAUUAACUCUCUUGUGAUGAAUUAUUCAUGAUGUAGGAGAUCUUUAAAGACAGAUGCAAAUGUGCAGAGGAUAUUCUGAUUUAAGGAGAUAUUAAUUACACCUGCUGAGAGAACAAAAGGCAGAAUAUAUGUUAACUCUGGGCAGCGAGUGAGUUUAUUUGGAGUAAAUGAAGAUUUAACUUCCACUGAUCUCGUCCUGAAGUAUCUCCUACUCUGGUUGUAAAUUUACAUCUUUGUACUUCUGUGAAGGUUAACGGAAAGAUGAAACAUAUCCAAACAGCUCAGGAGUACAGAUAGGUGUAAUAUAAUAGGGUUACUGCUGCAUAAUAUAGUAAAGAAUAUUAUACUAUCUUGAGUUUUAAAAUGAUGUUUCCUCAGUGCGCACACUCCUGUUUCCACAAAAUCAAGCCCUUUUGAAGUUUCUGCAUUUUAAUACUGUUUAUGAUGCUUUUAGAUCACGGGGUGGUAAUGAGGAGUUGGGCUGGGGUAGAUUUGGAUAUUCUUUGUUUCUUUUAUUCCUUUUUCUGUGUAAAGCACUUUGUGCUACUUGGUUGUGUAUGAAAAGUGCUAUAUAAAUAAAGACUGACUGAUUGAUUGAA